UCCACAGACGACCAUGUCUCCUCCUCGGCUCACUGGAGCCCUGCGCUCCUUUUCUACUGUCAGCAAACAGGAGGAUUUAACACAAGACAUUUAUGAUCUAAAGAGCAAGCGCCUGAAACGGCAGGAAAUAUUUGCCCAAGAUGGCCUGACAUGGCAGAAGAUAGUUCAGUUCUUCACCCAACAUCUGGAGAAGAAAGAUCAGCCGGCGGCCACUCAUGAGUUAAAGAAUAUUCUCCAAGCAGCCAAACAGAUCGGUAGCUUUGUUAAAUGCAACUUUCUGCAGAGCAAGCGCCUGAAACGGCAGGAAAUAUUUGCCCAAGAUGGCCUGACAUGGCAGAAGAUAGUUCAGUUCUUCACCCAACAUCUGGAGAAGAAAGAUCAGCCGGCGGCCACUCAUGAGUUAAAGAAUAUUCUCCAAGCAGCCAAACAGAUCGUUGGUACAGAUUAUGGGCAGGACACCAUUGAAAGUGCGGGAGGCUUCUUGUUUAAAAUAUUCCACAACAAAGACCAGAUUGGUCACGAGGAAACCAGGGCCAUAAAACAGAUGUUUGGACCUUUUCCGGCCUCUGCCGCCGAGUUGUCUUGUGCAGCUGUGGGUCGUUUAGUGGCCCAGAUCGGAGAAUCUCAGGUGGAUGCUUUCAUCCAAACACAGAGUUCUCUCAAGACAGUGAACCGUAGUUCUAUCUUUGGACGGAACAUUGCUUUCUCAUUUGACACAUAUGUGCUGGAUGCUCAGGAUCCUCUGCCCCGGUCAGAGGGGACUGAUACGGAGCAGGACAUGGACUUUCACAGCUUCCUCAAUAAUCACGUUGGUGAGCGGAAGGCUUGGGGUGACAGAGAUGAUGCUUACUCAGCAGAAGAACUGGAGCGGAGAAACGCAGACAGCUCCAUCCUGAGACAAGAGGUGGAGAAAUACCUGAACGAGGGAAAUAUGCUAUCGUCCAGUGCCGAAGAGCUCUCCACCUCUCUUUUUGAGAUGCUUGCCUCCACAAAGAGUGAUGACGAACUACAAAAUGAGCUGUUUGAGCUUUUAGGUCCUCAGGGGUUUGAGAUGAUCUCCAAACUCCUUCAGAGAAGGUCAGACAUCGUGGACUCCCUGGUGUCCAUCCCGUUGGAUAGCAGACCUCACUUCAAUUCAGGACAGCUUAAAGGGAUGAGAGAUGAAUCCGCCAAGCCCACAUACGGAUGCCAGGUGACCAUCCAGUCCGAGCAGGAGAAGCACAUGAUGAAGAUUUACAGAAAAGAAGAGAAGAAGGAGAGGAAACGUGAGAAACGAGGAGAUGAAGGGGAUACCUGUGAAAACGCCUUUCAUUUUGACCCCAAGGAGCUGAGACUGCAGAGGGAGCAGGCCUUGCUGACAGCACGCCGUUCUCCAGUGUUAGGACGUCACAGAGAGUACGAACUCAUCCGUUACCCUCACGUUUAUGAUUCUUACACCGAAGCCAUCAAGACCUCAGCAUUCGUCGGAGGAGCCAAGAUGCUGCUGCCCGAGGGCAUCAGAAGAGAGAAUAAUAAGAUGUAUGAGGAGGUUGAGAUCCCCCCCAACGAGCCCAUGCCCAUUGGCUUUGAGGAGAAACCUGUGUACAUCUCAGAGCUGGACGAGAUUGGCCAGUUGGUGUUCAAGGGCAUGAAGAGGUUGAACAGAAUUCAGUCUAUAGUGUUCGAGACAGCUUACAAUACCAAUGAAAACCUGCUUAUCUGCGCCCCCACCGGUGCCGGCAAAACCAACAUCGCCAUGCUCACCAUCGUACAUGAGAUCCGCCAGCACCUGCAGCCUGGGGGAGUCAUCCGCAAGGAUCAGUUUAAGAUUAUAUACGUGGCUCCGAUGAAGGCCCUGGCUGCUGAGAUGACUAAUUACUUCAGUAAGCGAUUGGAGCCUCUGGGCAUCGCUGUCAAGGAGCUGACGGGAGACAUGCAGCUGACCAAAGGAGAAAUCCUCCGCACUCAGAUGUUGGUGACGACUCCAGAGAAAUGGGAUGUGGUGACAAGGAAGAGCGUGGGGGACGUGGCUUUGUCUCAGAUCGUCCGACUGCUCAUCCUGGAUGAAGUUCAUCUUCUUCAUGAGGAUAGAGGGCCUGUUCUGGAGAGCCUGGUGGCCCGGACUUUGCGUCAG